GGAGCAAUAUCAUCGUUAUAUUUACUAGACACCGUGGCCAAGAUAGGAUCGACAUUUCAGUUCGUAAACAUAGUGGCAGGUAGUGCAUAAUGUCCGUUACUCAGGAAACGCUUGAAAGCUCUGAGUUGAUCAACUGGACGAUCUUCCAAGAGCUUUUGCUCAUGGACGAAGAUGAGGAGGGUUUUGCCCUUUCGUUGGUCCAAACGUUUGUGGAUCAGGCGUCGGGCAUUUUCAAGGAAAUUGAGGCCCUUAUUGAAAAACAAGACCCGUCCGAGGAUGAUCUCAAACGUCUUGCGUCGUUGGGCCACUAUUUGAAGGGUUCAGCCGCGGCGUUGGGAUUACAUACAGUGCAACAGGAGUGCGAAAGAAUUCAAAACUACGGUAACAAGAUCAAUCUUGACGAUUAUGAGCCUGCGGCUAAGGCGAGCACAGUGAACGAUUGGAUCGGUUGUAUUCAGGCCGCAUUUAAGAAUGCGCUAGAUAACUAUGAAAAGAGCAAGGAGCUGUUGAGUGGGUUUUUCGGUGAGCAGCUAUGAAACCAUCAUGGCGACACGUUUAAAGCUGUAAUGGUAUAGUUGUAAUGGACCAGUAAUGCGA